AUGACCAAGCCAGAGGGACUCCCCGAGAUGACGUACCGGAACCUGGGACGCUCAGGUCUCCAGGUCUCGUCCAUCUCUCUGGGCGGAUGGCUCACGUACGGUGGCCACGUCGACCGAGAGGGCACAUAUGCCUGCAUGAAGGCCGCCUACGACUGCGGCGUCAACUUCUUCGACUGCGCCGAGGCCUAUGCCGCGGGCGAAAGCGAAAUCGUCAUGGGCGAGGCCAUCAAGAAGUUUGGCUGGAAGCGCAACGACUUGGUCAUCUCCACCAAGAUCUACUGGGGCCAAAACUUCGGCACCAACCCCGUCAACAACGUCGGCCUGUCUCGAAAGCACAUUGUCGAGGGCGUCAAUGCCUCGCUGAAGCGUCUCGAUCUCGAGUACGUCGACCUGAUCUACGCCCACCGCCCCGACCGCAAGACCCCCAUGGAGGAGACGGUCCGCGCCUUCAAUCACAUCAUCGACACCGGCAAGGCCUUUUACUGGGGCACGUCAGAGUGGACGGCCGUCGAGAUCGCCGAGGCAUGGCGCGUGGCAGACAGGCUGGGCCUCAUCGGCCCCCUGAUGGAGCAGCCCGCGUACCACAUGCUCAACCGGCAAAAGGUGGAGGGAGAGUUCCAGCUCUUGUACCGCGAGCACGGCCUCGGCCUGACCACCUUCUCCCCCUUGUUCCAGGGCAUCCUGUCGGGCAAGUACAAGAACGGCAUCCCGGACGACUCCCGCUUCGCCCGGACAGAGGUCGCCUUCGUUGCCGGCUACUGGAAGCGGACCGGAAAGGAGGUCUGGGAGGGGCACAUUGAAAAGGUCAACAGGCUGGAGCCCAUUGCCGAGAAGCUGGGCGUCAAGCAGAGCGCUCUGGCCCUCGGCUGGGUGCUCAAGAACCCCAACAUCAGCUCGGCCAUUACCGGCGCCAGCAGUCCUCAGCAGGUGUAUGAGAACAUCAAGGCUCUGGAUGUCGUGGACAAGUUGACGCCCGAGAUUAUGGCGGAGAUUGACGAGAUUCUGAACAACAAGCCUCCUCAGCUGAACGACCGGGAGUAG